AUGGUCAAGGUGGUGAUUCUCGGAGCCGCAGGCUUCCUGGGCCGCCGCCUGGCAACGCUCCUGGACAAGUCCGACAUCGCGGGGCAGGAGGUGACCCAGCUCCACCUCGUUGACGUGGCUGAGCCGGACUUUGCGGUAGCCACGCCCGCCACCCGGGCGGCCGUGGACCUCGGCGAUGCGUCCGCAAUGGCGGUGGCCAUCCCCGACGACGCCGACGUAGUCUUCCACCUCGCAGCGGUCGUGUCGUCCCAAGCAGAGGAGGACUUCGACCUCGGGAUGCGCGCGAACCUCCUCGGCGUCAUGCACGUCCUGGAGCGCUGCCGCACCCUCGCCGCCGCCCGCAGCGCCCCGCCCGUCCUCGUCUUCACCUCCAGCGUCGCCAUCUACGGCGCCGUCGCCGACCUCGCGCCCGGCCAGCCCGUCCCGGAGUCCCAGGCCCCCGUCCCGGCCUCGUCCUACGGCGCCCAGAAGGCCAUCGGGGAACUGCUCGUCCACGACUACUCCCGCAAGGGCUUCGUCGACGGACGCGUGUGCCGCCUCCCGACCGUCUCCGUGCGCCCCGGGCGCCCCAACCGCGCCGCCAGCUCCUUUGCGUCAGGUAUAAUCCGGGAGCCCAUGUCCGGGGAGACCGCGGUGUGUCCCGUGACGCCGGAGACGGCGAUCUGGGUGAGCUCGCCGCACGUGGCGGUGCGGAACCUCGCGCACGCGGCAGGGCUGACGUCCGCGGCGCUCGGCGGCGGCCGCGCGUUCUCGCUGCCGGGGAUCAGCGUCACCGCGGGGGAGAUGGUGGCGUGUCUGGAGCGCGUGGCGGGGGCGGAGGCCGCGGGGCGCGUGGCGUGGGAGCCCGACGCGGAGAUCCAGCGCAUCGUGGGGAGCUGGCCCGCGGCGCUCGACUGCGCGCGCGCGGUGCGCGCCGGGUUUGCGCAGGACGCGUCGUUCGAGGACUGCGUGCGAGAGUUCAAGCGCGAGCUGGACGCGAGCCGGUAG